CGUCCAUGUAACUAUGGGUCACAUUGUUAUCUUGACUUUGUUCAGAUAUUGAACAAGUGGAAUGGAAUUAUGGCUGUGGAGAAAUAUGGUGGAAUCUGCAUGCAAUCGGGAUUCUGAUGAAUGGCCGGUCUUCCUUCUGACUCCGCAUUGCUUUGCCUUCCCCUCAUCUGCAGCUAAUCAUUCCAUCUCAUCCCUCUCUUCGGAUACUCCUUUCAUCUUUCAUUCUUACUAUCCAUCUAUCCAUCUAUCCAUUUCCUUUGUUAGCUAUCUGAUUGGGAUCUAGUGAUUAUCAUCCCCUACCCAUGCGCCAUCGACUCACAAAGCGUGCAUGCGAUGAGUGUAUCUCCCGCAAGGUCAAGUGCAGCGGCGCCUGGCCUUGCGAUACCUGCCAGAGUGCCCCUAAGAAAGUCAACUGCACUUACCUGAAGCCUGCACGGAGAAGGGGACCAAAGGUAAGGAGAUAUACUGGUGAGCAGGGAGAAGAGCGCCUGACAACCGGUCCUCUGAUCCCUCCGCAUGUUGAUUCUCGUGACGAGGAGAUAUCCCGUGUGGAAGCAGAGCGACCUGCAUCGACUAUCAUCCCAACAGAAGAACUAGUCUCAGUUGUGCGUUCGUAUCAGCAGGCUUCUUAUAGCGUGUGGCCGGUUGUCGAUGCUGAAGUGCUAUUGGAGAAGCUUGAACAUGGCACACCGAAUGUGGGAACCUUGUGUCUGACUAUGGCGCUCUGUGCAGCCACCAUGGCGCAGCUGCAGCUUGCCCCGACAAGUAUUGAUAGCACGAUGAUGGCGGCGGAGUGUAUGAGGAUGCGUGAAGCACAUCUCGACUUGAGGAGCGUCUUGGUUUCCUUCUUCCUGCAUGUUUAUCAUGCCAAGAUCAAUAAGAGGGACUCGGCUAUGUUGUUCAUACGAGAGGCUGUGUAUGGAGCUCGGCUCUUGAAGUUGGAUGAGGGCGUGGGUAGGCAUGAUACUGAGCUGGAUGCGGAUGUUGUUGCUAAUAAGGAGAUCGUGUUUCUCUUGCUCUGGGUUUCUGAAAGGGGCUAUUCUUUGCAUCUUGGUCUCGAACCCUCGUAUACCACUCCUAUCCACCUACCGAAUGAGGUCGAUGUCGGCAAUAAUGUAGAUGUGAAAGGCUUGCUGGAGCUCGGCAGACUCUUUGCCACGUUUGAUGGAUUUUCGUCUAGGAGAAGCUCCAAUGCUAGAGAUAAACCGGAAAUGACUGCAAAUAGUCUGGCAGAGACGGAGGCAGUCUUGUCGAUGCUUUCUUUCGGCAAAGGCGACAGACCUUGCACCCGUAUUGCUGAUUACUGCAUCACGAAAGAGUGGAUGAGGACUAUCAUCUGGCAGGAAGCUCUGUCUCGGCAUCUUCUCUCGUCGAAAUCGGGUGCUCGACUUAUGACGUUCAGGUUCCCGGCCGUGGUCAGCCGUGACCUUCUGAUGUCGUUGCAAAGCUUUACUGAGUCAGACCUGUUGCCACUAGGACGCGACCAGCUGUUGAAGUGUUUCGAGAUUGCCAACUCACUCGCGGAUACUGUCCUGCUCACGCCGUGUGUCCCGACAUGCUCUGACUUUCAAAUGCGGCCGCAUGAUUUUCUGCACGCGUUGUACCAGAAGCUGCUACCUUUCCUGGAGCAAGAUUUCAUGCUGAAGUCGAUACUGCAUAGUAAGACGGCCGAGGCUUUGGUUAAAGCCCCUGCGCGCAUAUUGAGAAUGGACUAUAACCCUUGGUCAUUCGAUCACGAUGGGGAGUACGCUCACAGCACUGGAAAGCAUGUGGACUCUCCGGAGGAGGACGCUGAUUCGCACUGGAUUCUUUAUGGAUAGAAAGUGGGUGAAAGUGUCUGAUUUUGUCAAAGAGAUAUGACGAACUGCAGAACUGCUAUUCUCUGAACUAUACAGCACGAGUAAGCUACUGCGAAACUUGAAGGACAAUUCUACCUGCAAUGUCACCCUUCUCCAUCUCUUCGUACACCUCAGGCAACUCCUUGAACGUGCGAACUUUGAUUUCCGGUUUGACAACCCCACGUCGGACCAACUCUACUGCCUCCAUGCACUCUUUCAGUGAGCCGAUAAGGUUUCCGGUAACCCGGAGGCCUUUGAUUACGAUCGUGCAAAUAGGAGUUUCCAGUACUGGACGGCCCGGCGGGAUUCCAACGCAGCUUAGAGUACCUCCAACCCGCAGCAUGUCACAGGCAUGGGCGAAGGCUUUGGCACUUCCCGCAGUCACAACAACAGCAUGCGCACCAAGACCGGUAAUUUCAUGGACCCGCUGCACCGGAU